UAUAUUUUCUUAAUCACAGAUAUAAUCAUAAUAGCGAUAGCCUAUCCUAAAAUUGUUGGUAUAAUUCACUGUUUUGUGGAAGCACUGUUCAAGUUUUCCGUUCUGUCUUCAAAUGGCAAGCAAACAAUCUUCAUCAGGUUCUGGUAGUUCAGGGCAACAAAUGUUUGUUCGUCAAAGUCCAGUUCCUCAGAGCAAAUAUGCUGAUUUACUGGCUGUCAUUGAAGAACUAGGAAAGGAUAUCAAGCCAACAUAUGCUGGAAGUAGAAGUGCGACUGAGAGAUUGAAAAGAGGUAUUCUUCAUGCUCGUGCUCUAGUUCGUGAAUGCUUGAUAGAGACUGAAAGAAGUGCAAGAUCAUGAUGGCAAAUAUUUGACUAACCUUCAAGUGUUGAUGAAAGGAGAUUGCUCUAUCUAAGAUCUACUCUUGCAAUAUUUAUUUGUUGUUACUUACACAUUGCAUUUUGUAUAUCUUUUUUAAAUUUUACCAUAUGUUGGAAACGUGUCCAAGUCUGAUAAGAUAAAGUUGUUGUUGCCAGCCAGGAAGGGGAGUUUUCAACUUUUAGAAACAUUUUAAUGACACUGCCACGAAUCUUGACUUUGGGCUAAAAUAUCUAAUUAAAUCGCAAAUAAAAAUCAUUGUAUUGGUAA